AUGAAGCACAAGCUCGACGACGCGUCUGCGGCGGAGGAGGCCGAGGAAGCCCCUGGAAGUCGGCGACGGAGGAAACGCGGAGGGCGUCCUUUUUGGGCGCUCGGCACCUGUCGGAGGGCUACACUGAUUCCACCCGCGUGCGUCGCUUCUUCAACACCUGGCUCCGCGACUUCGCCCGCCACCCACGGCGAGACGAUCCCGCCUCGGGUUCGCGGCGCAGCCUUCAGUCUGAGAGCGACCCGCGGCCAUCCGGCAAAGAAGGAGGCUGUGCGGGGACCGGAUUGUGGCCUGGUGAGGCCGCGAGGCGGCAGACUGUCUUGCAGUUUUUUCGUUGCGUCGCUCCUCAGCGUUUUCCUUGUUUUCUCCCGCCGCGCGAGUCGCUCUGAGGCGCUCUCCCUCCGUGCCGGCACCGGCGCAGGCGGGACGCGUCGCUGGCUGUCCCCGCACUCCCUCCCGUCUCCUUUUCUCUCGGCUUUCUCCUGGGCGCCCUCCGCCUUGCCCGCCCUUCCGCUCUCUGCAAACGCCCUCGGGGGGGGGGGGACCUCCGCUCGCGUCGUCGCUUCCAUUCCUCCCUCGCAGCGUCUGCGUGACGGAUUCGGCCGCACAGAGUCACGGGAGCCGUGCCCGGCCUUCUCCCGCGCGUGUGGGGGCCUCUCACGUGCUGGAGUCUCUUCGCUCCCUCAGGGCUCCUCUGCGUCGUCACGCGGCGCGCAUCACCAGAGUGCAGACUUUACGCCGCCGAGGCCCUUGCGCCUUCUUCAGCGCCCUUCGCCAAGUGCGUCGUCCGGCGGCGCGCGCCGGCGAUGCGAGGCUCAGCACCCACGCUUCGACCUGCGCUGCAGCCAGACGGGCUGUCGCGGCUGUGGGGGCCCCCACUGGGCCUUUCUCGCGUCGCAGGCAGUUACCUCUGCCUCUGGCUCGCGCUUCACCUGUAGCAGUCGAUGGCAAAGCGCGUCGUCGCCUUCAUCUCCGACCUUCCGCACCCUCUCCGCGUGGCUCCGUGCGCCUUGCGGGGCUGCCCGGCCUGCGUCGGCGUUCGCGGUCUCGUCUGUCUCCUCGGCUGCCGCCGAGCCGAUUGGGCGCCCCGCGCGCCCUUCCUCACCCGAGGCGCCGCUUCGCCCCGUCGGGCCGGGGACCGUCUCGGGACCGCUGCCGGUGCCUGCGGGCGUGCCGAAGCCGUUCUACGCAGAGACUGACCUGGAACGCGCGAACGCGAAGCGCGAGGCCGCGCAGAGCGAAGAGACUCGCGUGCGGAGGCGCGAAGAGGACCUGAUGCGCGCGCGCCUCGCGCGCUUCGGCCCCGUGGCUGAGCGCGAGUUGGAGUGGGUCAAGCCGCCCGCAGAGAUCGAAGGCGUUCGGCGCGCGUGCGAAGUCGCGGCUGAGGUGCUUCAAGUCGCAGUCGAUUUCGUGAAGGACUUCGGCGCUGGGACCCCCGAGGCGCCGCUCACGACAGACGCGAUUGACCGCGUGGUACACGAGGCGACGAUCGCGCGAGGCGCGUAUCCGUCGCCGCUUCGCUACAGCGACUUCCCCAAAAGCGUCUGCACUUCCACGAACGAGAUCGUCUGUCAUGGCAUCCCGGACGACAGGCCGCUGCAGCGAGGCAGCAUUUGCAGCAUCGACGUGUCGUGCUUUGUUGACGGUUUCCACGGGGACUGCGCGCGGACUGUCGCCAUAGGCGGCGCGGGAGCACUCUCGCAGGCGCUUCGUCGUCUUCUCGUCACAGCGCGGGAGGCCACACUUGAAGGGAUCCGCGCCUGUGCGCCAGGCAGAAAGCUUAGCGUCAUUGGCGAGGCCAUCGACGCGUUCCUGACGCGGCGAGGAUGCCGCACGAUCCCGGUGUUUUGUGGACACGGUAUCGGGCGAAACUUCCAUGAAGAGCCCUUCGUGCUCCAUGCGGCAAACGAGAUGCCUGGGCGGAUGCUACCGGGCAUGUGCUUCACCAUCGAACCCGUCGUUUGCGUUGGCGGAACAGACUUCACCACGUGGCCAGACAAGUGGACGAUUGCCACAACCGACGGGCAGCCGACGGCCCAAUUCGAACACACAGUCCUCAUCACCGACACUGGUGUAGAGAUACUGACAGGCUGCCCCGACGGAGACAAGGAUAUGGAGGAAUUAGCUAAAGAUGUGCAUUAG